CAGAAAAAAUUGAGAGGCAUCAAACCUUUCCAGAGCUUGAUCUUGACGCUAACCAGAAAAUGGUGCGCUUCUUGCUUCAGAUCAGGGCCAAACUCCAGAGCCUCACUAACCUUCAGCCCCAAGGAGGCUGCAAGGACCCCGACUUUACCUACCUCUUCAAGCUGAAAUGUGAGGGCUGCGGAGAGCUAAGCGAGAAAGAAGCUGGUGUGAGAUUGAACCUGGGAAAACGCAAGGGUGCCCCUGAUCUUGUUCGGAAGUGCAAGUUUUGUGAGAGGGAAGGGAGUGUGAGAAUGAUGCCAGAACAUAAUAGACCCCUGACCCAGACAGGGGUUUAUUGCCCCUUGAUGAUGUUCGACUGCAAGGGUUAUGAGCCUGUGGAUUUCGUUUUCAGUGGUGGGUGGAAGGUUGAAUCUGUGGCAGGGACAACUUUUGACAAUGUUGACUUAUCGAAGGGGAAGUUUGCUGAGUACGAUGAGAGGGGAGAGCGUCCAGUUAAGAUUUCCAAUCUCCAUGCUACUUUUACUGUUCUUAGGCCUGGAUAUACAUGUAGGUGGUAAGUGCAGCUAACAAGUGUACGUUUAAUUUGCGAAGAAAUUGGAAACCUCUCGACUGUUUUUUUGUAAUGUGGCCGGGGAGAAAUUUGUCAGUAGCAAGAUGGUAAUCUUGAACAUUAACGUUGCCAUGGA